AUGCAGCAGUCUUCUCCGCAUCACGCGACGAGAUCCAAAGAACUGGUGGUGCCACGUUUUCCCGAUGACAAUGCAGAGCUCAAUGUCGCCGUCCAACUCGCACCUUUGAUUCCCGGCCUAGAGGAAUCGGGGGGUGCUUUGUAUGAGAUCGGUGUAUCGGACGACGGCACGCUCGUGGGGCUCACAAAGGAUGAGAUGGACGAGAGUUUGACGACACUGAGGAUCAUGGCGGCGAGCUUAGGCUGCACAAUCGAGAUCAUGCGCAUGGUUAUUGUUGGUGAAUGCGAAUGGAUGGAGUCCGUUGAUCUCGUCAACAACUCUGACGCCGCCGUUCGCCAAGUACACAAGCAAGACAAGCUCUGGGUUGCAGAAGCCAUGGUCACUCCAUACUUGAAGCACGGUGCUGCAGAAAUUGACUGCGCGCAUGGGCCACACAGUUCUGUACCUGGGACGCGGCAGCGACAGGACAGCUUUGCAACCGCCAGCCGUGGCAGGUCUACCAUCUCGCAGUUGAGAGUAACUCUUACGGGCCCUACCACUUCUGGAAAAUCCAGUUUGCUUGGUACUCUCUCUACAGGAACUCUUGAUAAUGGCAGAGGCAAAAGCAGACUAAGCCUCUUGAAGCACCGGCACGAAAUGGUCUCCGGUGUAACGAGUUCUAUAGCACAAGAACUUGUCGGGUACAAAGACGGUACUAUUCUCAAUUUUUCUCGGCCAGAUAUCGAAUCAUGGAUCGAUAUUCAUGACCAAGCGCAAGACGGCAGACUCUUGUUCGUGUCAGACUCUGGUGGGCAUCCUCGUUACCGACGGACUGUUCUUCGGGGCCUCAUGAACUGGGCACCGCAUUGGAGUAUUCUCUGUAUAGCGGCGGAUGAUUCUGAGCAAAGCUCCGGCGCAAAUGUCCUCACAGACCAACAAAACCUUACUAUAGAAGUACCACACGUCGACCUCGUCAAGGCACACCUCGCGCUGUCUCUCAAGUUGGACGUUCCAAUGGCGGUUGUUGUCACGAAAAUGGACUUGGCCUCUAAGAUUGGUCUCCAAAAGACUCUUAUCAAGGUUCUUAGCGCGAUAAAGGACGCAGGAAGAGUGCCAAAAAUCCUGAAACCUGAUCAGAAAGAGCACAAAGAGCUGGCUCAGAUUCCCACCAACGACAGAUCAAAAGUCAGUCCAAUUAUCGAGGCAAUGGAGGAGGCCAACAACUUGACCAAGAUUGUACCGAUUGUCCUCACCAGCGCAAUGACUGGCUCUGGCAUAGGCUUAGUUCAUGCACUGUUGGAAAGCUUGCCUGUGCCUCCUCCGCCGACAUCACACGACUUGGUAGGCGCUGUGUUGAAUCCCGAACAGCCAAAGUCGCUUUUUCACGUCGACGAUACUUAUAAUCUACCAAUCCCUCAGGGCAGCUUGGCCGCCGACAUCGGAAACGCGCACAACGGUGUAAUUGUUUCGGGUCAUCUCAGGUUUGGCAGUUUGACGGUCGGGGAAAGUAUUGUCGUUGGUCCAUUUCCAUCUGGAGAUGAGGAGGGGAAAGUAUCUGGUCCGGAGGAUCGUCCAUCACCAAGCAGCUUUGGCCUGUCCAUCUCUCACCCUGCCUCAGCAGAAUUGGCAAGAAUCGCCAUGAAAAAUGCUGUCUCAGCUUCAGAAAUUGCCGGUGAAUGGCUCAGAGCUGAGGUCGUGAGUAUUAGAAAUCUGCGACUUCCGGUAAGGACUCUGGAAAGUGGCCAGGCGGGAUCCGUUGGCCUUGUCUUGGACAAGGUGAAAGAAGCUUCGCCUAGAGACAUGCCGCGCAUUCGCAGAGGCAUGGUACUAGCCGUGCCGUCGAAGCACAUGUUAGACACUGGUCUCUCGUUGCAGGCUGCAAGCGGUUUCACGGUCGUUUUCAAUAAGUUCGACUCCAAGACACUUGCUGUUGGUGCUCUGGUAAACGUAUAUGUCGCUAGUAUUCGGGCCGCUGCUCGCGUUUCAAACAUCCAUUGUCCUUCAUUUGGUGGCGCUAGCCAAGAGUCUGGCGAUACUACAACGGACGAGCUUGGGGUGUUUAGCUUGAACGAGGAGGUGGAAAUGAUGGAAGCAAGAGGAUCCCAGGUCAGCAGCGUUGCCGAGGUGACAUUGGAGCUGCUACAUACCCGAGAGUGGAUUGAAAUGGGCUCGCGCGUCAUUUUACUAGAAGGCGGUUCACGGGAUAGAUCGGGUCUAGAAGGGCACGUUGGAACAGUGGUUGAAAUUGUUGAUUAA